AUGAUGCAAACGCCUGAUGAACCCGAACCGGAUGAUCAACAACCGCUCGAAUCAAGGUCGGCCAUUUCACUCGAAAACGAAGCCUUGGUGUGGUCGCUAGCAUCCGUCGAGGCGUACCAACCCGCACCCAUCGACAUUAACGUGGGCCGGGCGGAACGUAUAGAACUUCCUGCUCUCCGUUGGAAUCGCUACGAAACUCUUCCGGCCAGCGUAAAGCUGACCAACACGGGUGAGACAGUUAUUUUAAGCGCACGUUGGAAUGGCGAAAGUCCUUCGCUGGAGGGUGGCGCGCUGGAUGGGCGUUAUCUCUUCUCGCAGCUACACUUCCACUGGGGCCAAACGGCACUCGACGGAAGUGAGCAUACUAUCGACGGCUACCGAUUGCCACUCGAGAUGCAUAUCAUUCAUUUUGCCGAACGAUUCGGCGACCAGGAUGAGGCACUGUCCGUGCCUGGCGGUAUUUUGUGUUUGGUGUACUUGUUCAAUUUGAAAUCGAAUCCGAACCGUUUCAUUGACCCGGUCGUAAAGGGACUCGGCAGUACGGUAUUGCCAGAAUCGUACACCAAGCUCGAACCAUUCCCACUGAUUGACCUCUUCCACGCGUUCGUAGACGAGUACUUCCUGUACUGGGGAGGCACCCGGAAUGGACCACAGGUAGCUCCGAUGCUGUGGAUGAUAUCGCGUACCCAGGAACCAAUCGACUUUCAUCAGCUGAAGCAGUUCAAUCGGUUACUGGAUCGUCGAAUGCGCCCUCACCACAAUCUGCAGCCAUCGGACACCGGUCCGUCAAAGGGCAGACACCUGUUCCACGUGAAUCCACGCACACCGAUGGCGGUUAGCACGCUUCUGAUUGAACCGCCGCAAAAGUUCGCGCACACACGCUGGAUCGUUGACCGUCAGCCGGUGGAUUGGAGCUCACCAGAUGCAUGCCGUCAGUAUAUUGCGAAGGUGCGUGAAUACCUUGCCAAGAAAAAGUCCGACGACGCGGCUAAGACCCUUUGUCCUGAUAAAGAGUCCACCACAAGUUUUGAGAGUUAA